ACUCAACUCGCAGUCGCAGGGUCGCAGCUGCACGGCUGCACCAGCUGCACUCCGACUAGGUGCUCACCUGCACAGCCCGCCAAUUUUUUGAGCCCAACUGGCAUAGCAAACGCUAAGCAAACGGAGGAAUCGCCGAACCCACGCAGUACUGCGCGGAGCUGCGACGUCGGUUUUUCUGAGAUAACGAGGGAGUAGCGAUGGCAGCUGAGGGCAUCGUGAACCUUGCCGGAAAAGUUGCCAUCAUCACGGGCGCUUCGUCCGGCAUUGGCUGGAGCACGGCGCUUCUGUUCGCGAAGCUCGGGGCGAGGCUCUCGCUAGCAGGACGCGACUCGACGAGACUGGACGCGGUCAGGGAGGCGUGUCGGCGAGAGUCGCCGUCGCCGGAGGACGAGAUUAACUUGACAGUUGGAGACCUGACCAACACCGGCAUAGCUGAAAGCCUCGUGGAAUCCACGACCAAGAAGUUUGGAAAGAUAGACAUUCUCGUCAACUGUGCAGGGAUCAUCGGCAAUGGCACCAUCGAGCAAACCACCCUGGAGCAGUACGACACCAUGUUUGCCGUCAACGUCAGGUCGGCGUACCACCUGAUGAUGCUCACCGUGCCUCACCUGGUCCUGAGUAAGGGCAACGUCGUCAACGUCUCCAGCGUGUGCGGCAUGCGGUCGUUCCCCAAUGUACUUGCCUACUGCAUGUCCAAGAGUGCCAUCGACCAGCUGACUGCCUGCACAGCCCUGGAGUUGGCAAGCAAGCAAGUUCGGGUGAACGCUGUCAACCCCGGCGUUGUUGUCACGGAGCUUCAGAAGCGCGGUGGCAUGUCGGAGGAGAACUAUGCAGCGUUCCUGGAGCACUGCAAGUCUACGCACCCCCUGGGCAGGCCCGGAGAUCCCGACGAGGUGGCCAAGGUCGUCGCGUUCCUAGCGUCGGACGCCGCCUCUUUCGUAACGGGCAUCACGCUGCCCGUGGACGGCGGGCGCCACGCCACCUGCGCGAGGUGACCGGUGCCGAGUCUGGCCGCGUUCCUCCUCUAAAGCACGGUGGCCGAUCGAACAUUUUGCUCAUGCUGCAAGAGCAGUGGACUUGGGAACAAUAAAGGUGUAUGAGAUCCCUUU